AUGCAAAUGGCAAUGAUCCGGUUGAUGAUGAUCAGGACGUUGCCGGAAGAGACGGACAUCCAGAACGACUUACGACCUGCUUUUGGACGACCCGAGUUGAGUGAACUCUCUCGAGAUCAGAAAACAGCUGAAACAGAUCGGAAUACAGCUGAAACAGAUCAGAAAACAGCUGAAACAGAUCGGAAUACAGCUGAAACAGAUCAGAAAACAGCUGAAACAGAUCGGAAUACAGCUGAAACAGAUCAGAAAACAGCUGAAACAGAUCGGAAUACAGCUGAAACAGAUCAGAAAACAGCUGAAACAGAUCGGAAUACAGCUGAAACAGAUCAGAAAACAGCUGAAACAGAUCGGAAUACAGCUGAAACAGAUCAGAAAACAGCUGAAACAGAUCGGAAUACAGCUGAAACAGAUCAGAAAACAGCUGAAACAGAUCGGAAUACAGCUGAAACAGAUCAGAAAACAGCUGAAACAGAUCGGAAUACAGCUGAAACAGAUCAGAAAACAGCUGAAACAGAUCGGAAUACAGCUGAAACAGAUCAGAAAACAGCUGAAACAGAUCGGAAUACAGCUGAAACAGAUCAGAAAACAGCUGAAACAGAUCGGAAUACAGCUGAAACAGAUCAGAAAACAGCUGAAACAGAUCGGAAUACAGCUGAAACAGAUCAGAAUACAGCUGAAACAGAUCGGAAUACAGAAGAAACAGCUCGAAAUACAGAUGAAACAGAUCAGAAUAAAGCUGAAACAGAUCGGAAUACAGAAGAAACAGAUCGGAAUACAGAUGAAACAGAUCAGAAUAAAGCUGAAACAGAUCGGAAUACAGAUGAAACAGAUCAGAAUAAAGCUGAAACAGAUCAGAAUAAAGCUGAAACAGAUCGAAAUAUAGAUGAAACCGAUCAGAAUACAGAAGAAACAGAUCGGAAUACAGAAGAAACAGAUCGGAAUACAGAAGAAACAGAUCAGAAUAAAGCUGAAAAAGAUCGAAAUAUAGAUGAAACCGAUCAGAAUACAGAAGAAACAGAUCGGAAUACAGAUGAAACAGAUCAGAAUAAAGCUGAAACAGAUCGGAAUACAGAAGAAACAGAUCGGAAUACAGAUGAAACAGAUCAGAAUAAAGCUGAAACAGAUCGGAAUACAGAUGAAACAGAUCAGAAUAAAGCUGAAACAGAUCGGAAUAAAGCUGAAACAGAUCAGAAUACAGCUGAAACAGAUCAGAAUACAGCUGAAACAGAUCAGAAUAAAGCUGAAACAGAUCAGGAUACAGCUGAAACAGAUCAGAAUAAAGCUGAAACAGAUCAGGAUACAGCUGAAACAGAUCAGAAUAAAGCUGAAACAGAUCAGGAUACAGCUGAAACAGAUCAGAAUAAAGCUGAAACAGAUCAGGAUACAGCUGAAACAGAUCAGAAUAAAGCUGAAACAGAUCAGGAUACAGCUGAAACAGAUCGGAAUACAGCUGAAACAGAUCGGAAUACAGAAGAAACAGCUCGAAAUACAGAUGAAACCGAUCAGAAUACAGAUAAAACAGCUCAAAAUGUAGAUAAAACAGUUCAUAUUAUAGCUGAAACAGAUCAGAAUACGUUUCAAAAAGAUUAG